AUGAACAUCAUAACUAGUUUCUUCAAAUUGCAUGAGAAACAGAAUUCUUCCUUUGAAAUACCUCAUCGAAUCAACAAGGAUUGCCUUACGCAUGGUACAAUGGAAUACUCGGCAAAAAUGCUUUUGAACAAAGAAGAACGUUGGACGAAAGCCAUGAAACUGUUGUUAACAAAUCUCCGUGCGGCUAUGGUGCAAGUUGCAGCGCUUAGACCAAGUGGAAUGUAA